CCUCCCUGCGCUGCUCGUGUUCACUAUGAUCAUCGAACAGAUUCUCGGAUCGUAAGUUGAUAUCAAACGACUCGCGGUGCCACAUUAACUUCCGUGCCAAACACAUUUCUAAUAUCGUGAUAUUAACGCACAGGAACAUAAUGUGAAAGCUCGAUAUGCUAACAGAGUUAGCCAGUGCUAGCUACGUAGCUUAGCAUUGACCACACGUCCUGCAUCCCCUCGCCUGUUAGCAUUAGCUGCUGCGGCUGCGUGUCGCACAGCUCAAACUGAGAACGCGUUGUGACGACUGUAGUUUAAAAGGGAGCCACGGGAAAAUAAAAACACUCGUGGAAAACUCACCAUUUUUGUCGGCGAGUCAGAGCCACAUCACACUUCCUGCUCUGUGGAACUUACGUAACGUGGCCAGUGACGUAGCCUACGUAGCGUCUCGUCGCAGUGUGCCGCAAAACCACACACUGUGAUUGGUCGAGAAGAAGGAGAGUUGAAAGUUGAAUCGUGAACUGUCAGAAGAAACAAAGGGUGGAAGCAGAGAUAACAAGAGGUUCUCACUCAGAACUCUUCGUCUGGACGCAGCAGUGGUUUGUCCACAAAGCAACGUCUACAGUUGGUAAGACAUGAGUGGCACAGUCCGCCAGAUCACAAUAACCACUGAUCCAAGUACCCCCUACUUCCUGCGAGUGGACUGGGCAGAGGACCUGGGUGCUGGAUUUACAUUAGCUCUCACUGAUGGCAGCUCGGCAUGGAUCGGAGAAGUUUCAGAAGAUGAGGUGACAAAGGAAGCCAGUGAACUGGGAGUCACAAGAGAAAACUAUGUGAAGGAUCUUCUUCUAGCACUAACAAGGAGUGGUGAAGGAAGAGGAGGACGAGGGAGAGGGAGCGACAAGAAAGCCUAUUCUUUCCACCUGACUCCAGAUCACUGUCAUCUCUCAUAUCAGAAGUUCUGUGACGACAUCACGGUGGACUUGGGCUCGGUGGAGCUCCAACCGGCUCCAGACCCUCUCGAGCUGAACCGGGAGAUGAUUGGCCAGUCCCUGAAGCGCAGUACAGAUCUGCAGUCAGAAAACUGCCGGCUACUGGAGGAGAACCGUGGACUGAAACAGGAGCACCAUCGAAUACUUACUCAGCUGGAGAAGCAUGUUCAGGAUAAGGAGACGAUGCAGAAGAAGCUUUACUCACGUUUUGUCCUGGUGCUGAAUGAGAAGAAGGCAAAGAUCCGGAGCCUGCAGGACACCGUCCACCAGCUCCAACAGACUGCUGACAAGCGGCACAGUGACGAUGAAGCAACUUUGGAUGAAGAUGGCAGUCAGAACAGAGGAGAGGAGACUGUUCCAAGCAUCCAUCCAUCUCAGGAGCAAACCAUCCUAAUCACAGGUCGUAAUCUUGUGUGCCACGGUGUCACUGUGGACCGCACGUUUUCUGAUAACGAAGACGAACAACCGAGACGGAGGCGCAGGUUACUUCACGCCGAGCCCUCUGAGCAGGAAUAAAAUCACAGAGGUCUCUCCUGAAUAUCCGGCACAAACACGCAAUGUUGUGAGGUCUCCUUCCUCGUCCAACAGCUGCACGCUUUCUCAUCCUGACUCACUGUGCCAGAAGGACCCGAGGUUCUGUGACUUCCACAUUCAACCUCAGACUAAUCCGUCCAUUUAACGCAACCGACACUUGCAUCUCCAAAAAUGCUGGUGAUGUGCGUCGAAACAGUAAUAGCAGCUUUCGGUGUCUAUCAAGUUGUCAGUCAAUCUAUGGUACAUAUGAGUUGAUAAACUCGAACCACAUUUGUUGCUGUGACACUUUUUUUGAAUCCAACAACCUCAUAACAUCCUCCCACAGCUUACAUCUGGGUGUUGGCUGGCAAAUAAACAAGGCUGCAAAUUACUGCAGUGUGUGGUGCUGCUCAGUCCAGCUGAGACAUGACAGCAACGGCUUCUGAGUGCAAUGGAAACAUGCUUUUCUUCUCUCAUUUGCAUCUUUGCCUUUGCUUUUUAUCAGAUUUCAUAUGUUGCCCGAAAUCGUCUUAAGCUGAAUACAUGAUAAUGUUUAUAUGAAUGUACUAAACUGUAUCUCAUGGAUUUUAUGUAGCACAAAAUAUAACUUUUAAAAUUUGUUUUAUCAGUGAAUAUUAUAUUCUACCACUAA